AACAAAAAAGGAAAUCAAAGAUUGGUGUUUAUGCAAGAAAUGUAUAACUAUGACAACUGAUAAAGAAUGUGUUUGUUGUUUCGAAUUUGACAAUUUGAUUAAAUUGCAUGGUAAAAAAAAUUGUAUAACUAACAUUCCAUCUUUUCGAAAAGUUAUUAUGGACGAGGAAAUUCUCAACAUCACCAGGCAUCAAAUGAUUAUUAAAGCUCGUAACAGUAACAAGAAAAAAAUGCUUUCAAGUCCAUGUCCCCAGAAUAAAACUUGGAGAUUUAUAUGUUAUAAACAAUUUAUUCACUGGAUAAACUCAUGGUCUGCAAUAGGCAAAGGUAAUCGAAUAUGUAUUCCAGCAUGUGUAGUGAAAGCGAUUMGAAAAAAAUAUCCAGAAAAUAAUGGAAAUUACGUUGGCUUCAAAGAAAACAACAAACUCCCAGAGUAACAUCA